CAAUUUCCUGAACGUUUAGAAAGGACGGACACUCCAGGCGAUGUUGACGGCAGCGCGGCGUGUAUCGCUUGGACGAUGGGCAAACCUCCAGCGACGAGCUGGCUUUGCAUCAACAUCCAAGCGUCUUCAGAGCAGCCAUAAUUCGCAGCAUAAUGCGUCGACAUCGUCCGAUGCAAGUCCAUGGGGCAAGGUCGCGUUGGGGAUCAUCGGAGGGAGUGUCCUCUUGGGUGUGGGUCUUCGUUUGGUGCCUCAAGCUAGUGAACUGCAGGCAGAUCCUGUCUUGACAUCAACCGCUUCCUCUCCCGUUCCUGUCUCCGUUCUUGCGACACCCCAGCGCGAUGCAACUUGGAAACACACCUUGGAUCAUGUUGUGCCUGCCAUCGUGUCUCUCAAGCUCAAUUCCCCCAAGUCGUUUGAUACAGAAAGCCCGGGCAACGGGUGGGCUACGGGGUUUGUCGUGGAUGCCGAAAGAGGCAUCAUUCUCACGAAUCGCCAUGUCGUCGGUGCCGGUCCCAUCGACGCCGAAGCCAUCUUUCAAAACAACGAAGAAGUCCGCGUUGUUCCUAUCUACCGUGACCCGGUCCACGACUUUGGCUUCUUUCGCUACGACCCUUCGCAUGUCCGCCAUUUGAACGUGCCGUCGCUGCCGCUGCAUCCGGAAAAAGCCAUCGUCGGGACCGAUAUUCGCGUGGUGGGCAAUGACGCGGCGGAGAAGCUGGCGAUCGCGAGCGGCACAUUGGCGCGGCUGGAUCGCGACUGUCCGGCGUACGGGCUUAACACGUACAACGACUUCAACACGUUUUACUUUCAAGCGUCGUCUGGGACGUCCGGCGGGAGCUCCGGGUCGCCCGUGCUCAACCAGGAUGGACAGGUCGUGGCGCUCAAUGCCGGCGGAAAGAUGGGCACGAGCGCAUCCUUCUACCUCCCGCUCGACAGGGUCAAACGCGUGCUCGAGGCGCUGCAGAAGGACGCCACCGCCGUGGUGCCCCGGGGCACGCUCCAAACCGUGUGGGUGCACAAGCCAUUCGACGAAGUCCGGCGCCUGGGGCUGCCCGCCGACACGGAAACGGAGCUACGGCAAGCGUUCCCCACCGCGAAUGGGCUGCUGGUCGUGGCUGAAGUGCUGCCCAGCAGCUCUUGUGCGGCCAAACUCCACCCCGGCGACGUCCUCUUGCGUGUGAACGGCCACCUCGUCCACCAAUUCGUGCCCGUCGAAGCCAUUUUGGACGAGUCCGUGGGCCAAACGGUGCGUUUGGACUUGGACAGAGCAGGGAAGGUGGUGUCGGUCGAUGUGUUGGUGGACGACUUGCAUGCGAUCACACCGUCGCAGUUUCUCGAUAUUGGCGGCGCCGUCGUGAACCCGCUAUCGUUCCAGCAAGCUCGCAACCACGGCCUCCGUCCGAGUGCGCCAUAUGUUGCCGACCCAGGGUACUUUUUGCAAAGAUCUCGCAUUCCCAAGGGUUCGUUGUUGUUGUCUGUGAAUGGAAUCGUUACCCCCGACUUGACUUCGCUCAAGAACGUGCUCAUGCACUGCCACGACCAGCAAAAGGUUGUUGUCAAGUACAUGAACGUGGCGACAAAGGUAGAAAAAGUCGAAGUUGUGCACGUGGACAAGCGGUGGUUUCCGUUUCAAGAGUACACUCGGGACGACUUGACGGGUACAUGGAGCUGUGUCAACUUGGAUAUGCCGCCGCCAGUCAGCCACGUCCCGAAAUCGGUGCCCAAUGUCGUUGGAUCGACGUCGAUUCUCCCAGGCAAAAACUAUAUCGAAGGCACCCUCGCGCCGUCGCUUGUGACUGUCGAGUACGAUCGACCGUUUAGCAUCAACAGCCAAAACAUGUCCAACUACCGCGGCACGGGGUUGGUGGUGGAUGCUGCCCAAGGUUUGGUCGUCGUGGACCGAAACACUGUCACAGACCGACUGGGGGACGUGACGGUUACCUUUGCCAACACACUGGUGGUCCCGGCCACGGUGCGCUUCGUGCACCCGGUGCACAACUUUGCAAUUGUCCAGUACGACCCGCGCUUGAUUGGGUCCACACCUAUCCAAAGCGCGAAAAUCUCGCGGUCACCUCUGCACCCAUCCGAACCGGUGUGGCUCGUGGGUCUCAUGAGUGGUGUUGGACGCAAUAGUUGGGCUGAAUUAGUGUCGCGCGAGACGUUGGUGUCGAGUGUCAAGUGGAUUUCGCUGCCGAUGCCCAAUCCACCGCGGUACCAAGAGCAUAAUUUGGAGAUGGUGCAGCUGCAGGAUGUUGUGACGACCGAGGGCGGCGCCGUGUGCACCCCCGACGGACACGUGGCAGCGUUCUGGGCGUCGUUUUCGUUUCAACAGCAGCGCGGCAACGCCAAGGUGGAAUCUCAGUUCACACGCGGGAUCCCCAUGGAUAUUAUCAUGGACAGCGUGGACCCGCUCGUGGACGGGGCGUCGGCGCCCCACUUGUACGACCUCGGCGUCGAUUUCGAGCACAUUAGCUUGGCCAAGGGCCGCGAACUGGGCAUGGAUGCAGGUAUGGCGCAUGCGCUGGAGAUGCACGCCCCGGAGCGCCGGACGAUUCUGUCGGUGGGGCGCCGGUGGGGCGGCACGGACGCGCAGUCCCAGCUUCGUAACGGGGACUUGAUUGUCCAGAUUGACGACGCCAUCGUCACGUCGUUCCGUGAAGUUGAGGUGGCAACGCAAAAGCCGUUCGUGGUGGCGACUGUGAUUCGCCAAGGCGAGCAGUUGCAAGUGCCGUUGAAGACGGUGCUGCUGGAAAGUUGGGAAGUGGAUCGGAUCGUGUGCUGGCAAGGGUUGCUCCUGCAAGUACCCCCGCUGUCGGUGGCGUCCCAGCGUGAAAUCUCGUCCAAGGACGGCGUGUACGUGUCUUGUCGGUAUGCCGGGUCGCCGGCGGCCCGGUAUGGCCCCCCGCCGACCUCUCGCAUUUGUGAAAUCAACGGCGACCCGAUCCGCCACUUGGAUGACUUUGUAGCGGCGUUGCAGCGGCAACCCAAGUCGAACGCGUCCAUUCGAGUCAAGUACAUGGACUUGAGCGGGAAAGUCCACCUCACGACGCUCAAGCUCGAACCCACGUUUUGGCCGACGAGCGAAUUGAACUACGUCGACGGGGCAUGGCACCGCACAUGCAUCGAAUGAACACACCACGGGCGAUAAUAAACAAUACUACGUAGACUAGUACUACAUUCUCUUUAGACGAUUAAUUACAAGUGCACGAACGAAUACGUGGCAAAUAAAUGCAUGCGUGCAC